AAGAUUCCUCAAACUUUCAAGAUUUCAACGGCAAAACAAGUGGCGGCAAAUAAUCGCCCAUGAUUACGGCUGUGGACGAGACACACCAGUCAUGAAAGACGACCCACCGGAGCCAGACAAUCAUCAAUUAAUCAGACGAUUAACCUUCAACGUAACCUAAUUCUCCCAAAUUCUCAUUGCUCCGUUUGUGUGCAAACUUUUUGAUGGCAGUUGCUUCCCUUCCGUCGUUCAAUUUGGCUCUUAAAUCUUCACCACUUUCUUUUGGAUUUGAUAUCGCCAGGAGCAAGCAUAUCGUUGGUUCAACUUCAUCAUAUGCUAAGUUCGCAUCGCUGAAAAAGAAUCGAGAUGGAGGGCUUCAGAUUUCUGUUUGUAAAGCAGCUUCUUCUUCCUCCCCUUUAUUUUUUCGUGAUCUUGACGCCGAUGACUUUCGACAUCCUCUUGACAAGCAGAAUACGCUGCUUUUGAGGGCGAUUCCGGGUCUGAACGAGAUUGGGAAGGCUUUAUUAGGAAGCAUAGCAGAACAAGUGAUGGUUCUUGAAAAUAUAGGGACCUCUGUUCUUGUAUCCGAAAAUCAGCUUUCAGAACUUCAUCAGUUAAUGAUCCAAGCAGCAGAAGCACUGAAGAUUGAAGCUCCUGAUUUAUAUGUGAGGCAAAGUCCAGUUCCUAAUGCAUAUACUUUAGCCAUUAAUGGUAAAAAGCCAUUUGUUGUUGUUCAUACAAGCCUUGUAGAGCUUCUUUCAAGAAAGGAGUUGCAGGCUGUUUUGGCUCAUGAGCUUGGACACUUAAAAUGUGAUCAUGGUGUUUGGUUAACAGUUGCUAAUAUUCUUACCCUUGGAGCCUACACUAUACCUGGGAUUGGUGGAAUAAUUGCCGAGAGAUUAGAAGAGCAGUUAUUUCGUUGGCUUCGGGCAGCAGAGCUUACAUGUGAUCGGGCAGCUCUUCUUGUUGUUCAAGACCCUAAGGUGGUGGUUUCUGUUCUAAUGAAACUUGCGGGAGGAUGCCCGUCGUUGGCUGAUCAACUCAAUGUGGAUGCUUUUCUUGAGCAAGCCCGGUCUUAUGAUAAAGCCUCUGCGAGUCCUGUUGGAUGGUAUAUAAGAAAUGCACAAACGAGACAACUUUCACAUCCCCUUCCUGUGCUAAGAGCUCGUGAGAUCGACGAGUGGUCAAGAAGUCAAGAUUAUAAAUCUCUCAUGAAACGUGCAAUUACGAAAAACUCUUUGCAACAAGUUUAAAAAAAUCAUGGCAAGAUCGAAUACAAGUUAAAGUACAUAUGAGGUGAUAUACACUUGCUUUUAAAACCUCAAAAAACUUGAAAAUCGGUUUGUGAAUAUGUACAACUAUCCUGGUCUUGAUUGGUUAAGAAUUUAGUUGCUACAAAUUUAGCGACCGAUCGUUACCACUUUAUGAAGUUUUACAUACUCCGAUUAUAUAGAAAUGUACAAAAAGUUUUACACAUUCGAUUAUACAGAAAUGUACAAAUUCAGAUAUCGUGUUACAAACACUUUAGCUUGUGGUAUGAUGUAAUUCAAAUUUCUAUGUUUAUUA